AUGUCGGAUUUUUACUACUAUCCGUCACCGCCAUACAGUGAUGACCUGCGCUCGCCCAGUCCGAAUCAGGUUUCAGGCCGCUUUGGCACGGCUGAGUACAUUCCACUGACCUCGCUGCGAUACGUCCGUAAUUUACCCAACUACAAAAUUGUCAACAUCAGGGUGGAAACUUGUGAACGGAUCGCAAUGCCACCUUGGAUUCAACCGGCGGUCUGUCCCGCCGGCACCGAAAUAACAAUAAGCGAGCCAAAACCGAGGAAAUCCGGAAAGAGAAGAAAACAGUUACCACCGGUGAUUCGAAGGAAGCGCCGUCUCGCGGCAAAUGCUCGCGAAAGAAAACGGAUGCACGCGAUGAAUGAGGCGUUCGAUCGGUUGCGACAGUAUUUGCCCACGAUCGGUAACGAUCGGCAGCUAUCCAAGCACGAGACACUGCAGAUGGCUCAGAGUUAUAUCACGGCUCUCAGUGAGCUGCUGAAGUGAACGGAAUGUGUGUGCGUAUG